AUGACAGGAGGGUUAUGCAAGCUAAAGAAUCUGCGAUUCUUGGAUCUCAGCAUAAACCAUUUUGUGGGGCAUCUUCCACGGUGUCUCUCCAAUUUGUCUUUUCUCCAUUUACUUGAUGUUUCAGAUAAUAGUUUUGAAGGAACGUUCCCGUCAUUCAUUUAUAAUCUCAAGUCCCUUGCCUAUCUUUCUCUUAGUAAUAACCAUUUCAAAGGCACACUUUCAUUCAACUUGCUAGCUAACCAUUCUAACCUUCAAAUUCUUGAGAUUGGGAGCUAUAACCAGCAGGAUUUGAAGGUUGAUACCGAGAAUCCUCCGUUUGUUCCAUCCUUUCAAUUGAAGAUUCUUCGAGUGUUAAAUUGCACACUCAAUGAACCAAGCCACAUGAUUCCCACUUUCCUUUAUAAUCAACACGAGUUAAGAAUGCUACAUAUUGGCCAUAGCAACAUGGAAGGAAGGUUUCCGAACUGGCUAUUGGAAAAUAACACCAAAUUGGAUUACCUUAAUCUCAGCAACAACCUCUUAACUGGUCCUGUUGAGCUCAAUGCCGCCACAAUAUUCUCAAAUAUGCAUAUCUUGGAUAUCUCUUGUAACCCUAUUGGAGGAAUUCCUCAUCACAUUGGUUCACUUUUUCCAAACUUGGUGACUUUGAAUAUGUCCUCUAGUUCACUGCAGGGUAAUUUUCCAGCUUCAUUAGGUGACAUGAAACAGUUGAAUAAUUUAGACUUGUCACACAACAAUUUAUCUGGACACAUACCGCAGGAGUUUGGCAAAGGUAGCAAUGACUUGAGGUUUUUGAAGUUGUCUAACAACAACUUGCAUGGCCCUUUCUUGCCUUCUGGAUCAAAUUUCACCAAGUUGUUAUCACUACAUCAAGCCAACAAUAACUUCAAGGGAAACAUACCGGAUGGAAUCAUGAAUAGCAUUGAGUUAAGAAUGUUGGAUUUAAGCAACAACCAACUCCAUGGAGAAAUACCUAGUUGGAUUGGAAGUUUUCAGAAUUUGACUUUCCUCAUCUUGUCCCAAAAUUCAUUGGAGGGUCCAAUUCCAAUGGGUUUUUGCAAGUUAACUAAAUUGGCAUAUGUAGACAUUUCUCAAAACAAUUUUAAUGGAACACUGCCUAAGUGUCUCACCAUGCCAGACUUGAGGUACUUGCAUUUGCAGAACAACAAGUUCAAUGGACCAAUACCUAUUGUUCUGGCCAAUUCUCCUUUCUUGUUGACAAUGAAUUUGGUGAAUAACAAAUUUUCAGGCCAAAUUCCUAAGUGGAUAAGUUCAUUUUUGAAUCUAAGGAUUCUUCUUUUGAAGAAAAACAAACUAGAUGGUCUCAUUCCAAUUGAUGUAUGUCAACUAAAGAACAUCAGUAUUAUGGAUUUAUCUCAAAAUAACCUUUCUGGAAGAAUUCCAUCUUGCUUGAAAAAUAUAGCAUUCAGAAGGCUUGAUUUGUUUGAUGGUACGUUACUAGGGAAAUUUGUGGUACCAUGGGUUACAAGAUCCACUGAGUAUGUCUUUUUUCCAGACACAAAUACUCUUGUUGAAGGUCAAAACAUACAAGAGUUUGUAGAAUAUGAUGAACAAGAUGUGGAUUUCACGUCAAAAAAUAGGUAUGAAACAUAUAAGGGAAAUAUCUUGGAUUUGAUGUUUGGUUUGGAUCUCUCGAACAAUAUGUUGACUGGUCAGAUUCCUUCACAAAUAGGAUACUUGAAGAGCAUACACACAUUAAACUUGUCCAAGAAUCACAUCACAGGGCCAAUUCCAGAAACGUUUUCCAACCUAAAGCAAAUUGAGAGCUUGGAUCUUUCAUACAAUAGAUUGAGUGGUCACAUUCCCUCACAAUUGACAGAUUUAUACCAGUUAUCUGUUUUCUCUAUAGCUCAUAAUAACUUAUCCGGAAGGACCCCAGAGAGGGUAAACCAAUUUGCAACAUUUGAAGCAAGCAGUUAUGAAGGUAACGCUUUUCUUUGUGGACCUCCACUAAAUCGAAGUUGCUCUUCUGUUGUAAAACAACCAACACCAGGGAUCGAUACACCACCUCUUGGGAAUGAUCACUUCAUAAACACCUUUGUUUAUAGUUUUCCACCACCAUUUUUUGUUACAUUUCUUGGAGUCAUAGCUUUUCUCUACUUCCAUUCAUACUUUCAAAUACCAUAG